CGACCUAGGAAAUCAAAACACAUUCAAUCACAAUACUGAAUUGAAUGCUUUAAUUUCAGUGCAUCAAAUUUCCCCUCUCAACAUGAAGCUUUCAUCUUCUUUCCUCAUUGCCAUUCUCCUCCUUCAGGUUUUCACAGAGGCAUUGGCCACUGAUCAUUCUGACAAGUUUCCUGCACAGAUAGGUGGAGCUGGUAAAGAAGAUGAAGCAGCUCUUACGAAAAAAGUUUAUCAUCAUGCAAAAAUAAAUUGUAGGUAUGCUUGUGGAAGAAGAUGCAGAAAGGCGUCGAGAAAGAAUGUGUGCAGUCGAGCAUGCACCACGUGCUGCCGGAGAUGCAACUGCGUUCCGCCGGGCACAUACGGCAACACCCAUCUCUGCCCCUGCUAUGCCAAGCUCAAGACCCAUGGAGGCCACCCCAAAUGCCCUUAAAUUUUGCUAUACAAAUAUAUACAUAAUGCAAAAUGAAUAUCUUUUGAGAGGAUGAUGAAGGGUAAAGCUAGUGUAAGGGUAUUGUACAAUGUGUGGGAGGUAAAUGGAAUAAAUAAAGUUAGUAAAUGCUGCAUUAUUGUGCAGUGGGUGAUUAUGAGUAGGAUGUUUGGUUGUAUUAUGUUUUUUAUUUUGUUUUCUUGUAGAGACAAUUGGAAUAAAGGUAUUCACGCUUUAGCGUUCAUGUUACUGGCCGGGUGAAAGAUUCAAAUCUUAUCAAGAUUAAUAUAUAUAUACUUAUUGUGGAUA